CUCUAUUCAAACAACUCGCUGAAUUCCUGCCUCCUGGUUUUCAGUCUGCCUCACUGUGGCAUGGUGAAAGCAGAGAGAGACAGAGAAAAGCUCUCCAAAAAAGCAACUGGAUGAUCAGAGGGAAGUGAGGAUCCAAGGAGGCGGUGCAGGGCUGCAGCACUUCCAAAGUCAGAGCUGCACAUUGUCCCACAUGGAGUGGAAACCAUGGAUAGAACAAUCAUCAGCUACCAACAAUUAGGAACUGCAAAGUAUUAAAGGGAAAGCAGUGGACUGAAAAAUGAAACAGGGAUAAAACGUGCACAGGAGUGGCACACUGCUCUGUGGAUUGCAGCUUUUCCAUUUUGGAGAUAUUGAAGAGGAUAAUCCUUUUUCGUGGAAUUUUAAUGUGGUUUUCUUAGGAUUGGAUAGCCAAGGCUUUAUUGUUCACUGAGGUGAAGGAGGGGAUCUGCAAUGCCCUUUGCCAAGAGGAUUGUUGAGCCCCAGUGGCUGUGCAGGCAUGCCAUCACCCUGCCAGAGGGUAGCUGCUGCCGGGAUCAGGGAGAAGAGCACAGGCAGCAGCACCCACGGGGUAACGCCAGGGAGGAAUUGUCAGUGGUGGUGGCACCUUCAGUGCAGGUGCCCUCUGAUGAAAGGGAAACAGUGCCAGGUGGUGGAAAAGAUAAAGAUGUGGUGCCCUUGGAUUUGGGCUCAUUCAACAACGUCGCCUUGUCGCGGAUUUUGCGUCAGUUGUCAGACAUGGCCCGGCAUGCCUGCUCCCUCUUCCAUGAAAUUGAGGUGGAUAUACAAGUGAUCGCUCGGCGGGUGCGAACACUGCAAGGGAAAAUCGGCAAUGUCCAGCAGGUUGUGACCAGUCUGGAUCCAAAACAGGAGACAGUGCCGGUUUCAAAUCUGGAUGCAGAAAGCAAACUGGAUGUGUUUUACAAGUCCUCCUGGCACCAGCAGAGGAAUAUUUUUCUGCCAAUCACAAGGCCCAUAUGUGUGGAAGAGUUGCACCGACAUGCCAAGCAGAGUCUACGUUCAAUGCGAAAAGAGCAACGGAUCCGGGCAGAUAAUAGAGAAAGACGGUUUCAGGGCUCAAUUUUUACAGCCCCACCCCUUCCCACAUACCCAGCAGUUAAUAAUCUGAAGAGACAAGAAAUAAAAGAGCGUCAUGUUGUACAAUUUAACAGAACCCGUUCGCAUUCCCCCACUGAGUGUUGCCAUUUGACCCCAUGGAGUAGAAAGGCUCAUGCACCUCAGGAGGAAGAUGAUAUCAAUAUAGGGCAAAGACCUAAAAACCCUAUUCCCAAUGUUCCAUCUACACUGGAUAAGCAAACCAACUGGAACAAGGCAUUACCUCUCCCCACUCCUGAUGAGAAGAUGAAACAGGAGUCCCAAGUGAUUACUUCUUGCAUUAUACCCAUCAAUGUUUCUGGGGUUGGAUUUGAUAGAGAAGCGAGCAUACGCUGCUCACUUGUUCAUUCACAAUCUGUACUUCAGCGUAGACGGAAACUGAGAAGAAGGAAAACGAUAUCAGGAAUUCCCAGAAGAGUUCAACAAGAAAUAGAUUCUGAUGAAUCCCCAGUUGCAAGAGAUCGUAAUGUUAUAGUUCAUGCCAACCCUGAACUUGCCAGCUCUGCAAACAGGAGAUCUGGUACACGUGAUACUGAGUGCCAAACAGAUGAUAUACUCAUUGCUGCUCCAUCUCGAAGAAGAAUUAGAGCUCAAAGGGGUCAGGGCAUUGCAGCAUCUCUCUCUCAUUCUGCUGGUAACAUUGCAGCCCUAACAGAGAGUGGGGACCAGAUGUUUAAAAACACAGUAUCCAGUCGCAUUCGUUCAAGGAGCCUUCCUAGAGAAAGUGCUAGAGAAAGCAAUGAUCAUGACUGCAGCGCACAAUCAUCAACAUACGAAGAAGAUUGCUAUAUGCCCUGCACAGAAAGGAUACUAAAGAAAGAUAAAGACAGUUUAACCAGUCAAGAGUCUCCAGACCACCAGCCAUUAGGCUUAACCUAUUCCCAGCACCGGCAUAGCCCACAGUUACAUUUGAACGAAAGGGGAAGAUCAAGGCUAUCAAGAAUGGCAGAUUCAGGGAGCUGUGAUAUUUCUUCAAAUUCAGAUACAUUUGGAAGCCCUGUUCACUCAAUUUCUGCAGCAGGUGUGUUGUUGAGCACACACAUUGAUCAGAAAGAUGACCAUCAGUCAUCUAGUGGAAACUGGAGUGGAAGUAGCUCAACCUGUCCCUCCCAGACAUCAGAAACAAUCCCUCCAGCUGCAUCUCCUCCACUGACUGGAUCUUCCCAUUGUGAUUCAGAGUUAUCCCUGAACACAGCUCCCAAUGCUGGUGAAGAUUCUAAUGUUUUCAUCACUGAACAAUACAGUGAUGACCACAUAGACAGCAUAAGAGGUCACAGAGCCAGUUCCUUUACAUCCACAGUUGCUGAUCUGCUUGACGAUCCAAACAGUAAUACCAGUGACAGUGAAUGGAAUUACCUUCACCAUCACCACGAUGCGUCAUGUCAUCAAGAUUUUAGUCCACAGCACUUAAAGACAGACCGCUUACCUAGUUUUACCAGUAUGGGCACUUAUGACAGCUUUCUUGAAAAACCUGCAUCUGAAAAAGCAGAUACAGGUUCCCAUUUUUCUGUAGACACUGAAGGAUAUUAUACCUCCAUGCAUUUUGACUGUGGUCUCAACACUGGUAGGAGUUAUAUUUAUAACUAUGCACCGACGGGGUCAGAACGUGAUCAAGGUCGUGGUAUUUCUUCCAUGAACACAGAUAAUGCUUGGCAAUGUUAUAUGGAUCAAGAAAAUGAAGGGAACCAGAACAUCUCAUUCAAGAAACCAAAGGCAAGGCCUACACCACCAAAACGUAGUUCAUCUUUAAGGAAAUCUGACAACAACACAGAUAUUCUUGAGAAGAAAGAACCAAAGAUAGUCUGUGGUCAGCAGCAAGUGAUUCACUCUUCCAGGGAAAUGAAGCUGCCACUUGAGAUGUCUAAUAUUCCUUCAAGAGUGGAAAACUUUGCUACACCAAAUCAACAAGAAAUACCAUGGGUUAACCAGGAUGACAAUGAUUUAAAGAGCACUCAAUUUCUAACCACAGAUGUUCCUUCUUUUAAAUAUGAGAGUGGAGAGCAGUCUCACUAUGCAGAUCUGUGGCUCGUCAAUGACUUGAAAACAAGUGAUCCUUAUAGGUCAUUAUCAAACUCAAGCACUGCUACAGGCACUACAGUCAUUGAAUGCAUUAAGUCACCAGAAAGUUCAGAGUCCCAGAUGUCACAGUCUGAAUCCAGAGCAACUUCACCAUCACUUCCUUCUGUUGAAAAUGAGUUCAAGUUGUCUUCUCCAGAAAAGCUUGCUGGCUUAGCAUCACCCUCAAGUGGUUACUCUAGCCAAUCAGAAACCCCUACAUCCUCCUUCCCCACACCUUUCUUUUCUGGGCCCCUUUCACCUGGUGGUAGCAAACGAAAGCCAAAAGUUCCAGAAAGAAAAUCUUCUUUGCAACAUCCUUCUGCCAAAUGUUGUAAUGUGUUGGGAGGCAAAGAACUGGAGCUUCCAACUAUACCUCCUACCAAUCUUGACCUAAGUGCUCUUCAUGUUUUACAUAAACCAUUACCUUAUAGACCACAUAUACAUGCUUUCAGUCAUAAUAACCAGAAUAUGUCAGAAGAUCAGUUUGACUCAAAUUCUUCAACAGCUCUUGCCAUAACACCAUCUGUACUUAAAUCUGUCCAACUCAGAUCUGUGAACAAGCAACAUAAAAAGUCAAAACAAAGAGAAACCUGCAAUAUUGUAUGCUCACAGGAUCCCACAAUAACAGUGGAUACCUAUACCACAGAAAAAACAAUUGUGACAUCAGCUAGAAAAUCAAUUUUGCGUCAGUUUUCUACAGAGGAAGCCAUCCUACCAUAUAUUGAUUCCUCACCAGUUGACACCAGUCCACAAAGUAUGUUUUUUGACAAGUGUGAAUUGUUCACUGGUCAUGGAAUGUACAGACAGGACAAAGGUACAAAUAUAUUUGGAGUCACUAAAGAACCUUGGACUCAUGAAAUUGUACAAGAAACUGUGUUUUUAGCACAGCCAGAGACCACAACAACAACUUUUCAAGAGUACUAUGAGAAAAAGAACUGUAAUGAAAUUGCAGUUGAGCAAUGUGGCCACGUUCAAGAGGAUAAUCAACUUAAGUUGACACCAGACAUACAUAUACAGGAUGAUGUGAUGACUAUACCAGAACCUAUAAAAGAAAUCACUACUGAGUUCGCAUUGCAAGACAAUGCUGCUGAGAAAUUUUUAUCACAUGACAAUGAGCCAGACUUGAGCAACAAUGAUAAAGUGCCUGGAAAAACUCUCAGCUUUGAAUCAGAACUCUCCACUGUAUAUUCACUCAGCGAUGAAUCUCAAGAGCAGGAAUCUGAAUUUGUAUCAGGAAUUCCAACCAAAAGUGCCUCAGAGGACAACAGAUCUUAUGAUCCAUCUGAAAACAUGGAAGACACCUCAGAGAAAGAAUCAUCUCAGAGUGAGGAUUACCUAAUUUCACCAAUGAGUGAGGACUCACAGGCAGACACAGAUGAUGUCUUUGUGUCCCCAAACAAACCUCGAACAACAGACGAUCUUUUUGCAGCCAUUCACAGAUCCAAACGAAAAGUACUUGGAAGAAAAGAUUCUGGUGACUCCACUGUGAAAAACAAAUCAAGGCCAUUAACUGGGAGCAGUGGGGCAUCUGCUGCCUCUCAAAGGUCUCCUGGUCUUAUAUACAGGAGUGCCAAAAAAUCCAACACAUCCAAUGAAGAAUUUAAGUUGCUACUGUUGAAAAAGGGCAGCAGGUCAGAAACCAGUUACCGCAUGUCUGCUACUGAGAUUUUGAAGAGCCCUGUAACACCUAAAUCUCUUGGUGAUCUAGCACUUGAUUCUUCCUCAAGCUCUGAAGAUGGUAGUCAGUUAUCACCUGGUAGUGAUGCAUUUUCACCCAUAUCCCCUUGUUCUCCCCGUGUUAUAUCUGAGGGGUUUUCUGCGAAAAGUGGAACCAUGUCUGCUGCCUCAAGAGUGGGAAGGUCUAGAGUGCCUCCUGCUGCUAGCAGCAGCCGUUACAGUGUCAGGUGCCGUUUUUACAAUGCUCCAAUGCAGGCCAUAUCAGAAGGGGAGACAGAAAACUCAGAUGGUAGCCCCCAUGAUGACAGGUCCUCACAGAGCUCAAUGUAGGAGGAAUAUGUCCUGCUUUAUGUUAGAUUAUAUGUGUGCAAGCCCACAUCUAUUAUGGUAAAAUAUUCCUUGUUGAACAGAACAGAACAGAACAUGUCCCAGAAUUCAUUGGAAAAAAACAUGUGAAUGGUAUGUACUGCUUUUUGCACCAGAAUUCUGUAUUCUGAUGAACUAUUUAAUUUGCCAUAUAUAAACUUGACAGAAGAUACUGGAUCAGACAACAAACAAACUGCCAAAGGCACAUAAAUCCCAUCAAGGAUUUAAAGAAAACUAGUGGACAAACAACAGGAACAAAAAGACUGUGAUUAGAUUAGUGCAAUUAUUUGUCAUUUUCCAUUCCCACCAAUAAGACCAUCUUCUGUUUUUAACAACUUCAGAUUCUUAGUAUUAACUACAUAUAUAAAUCCACUUUAAGGAAGUGAAAAACAAAAAUAAUAUUAUGGAAACGAUGCUCAUAUAUUGUAAAAACAUAUAUUGCUAAAGUGCUUCCCUGGAGAUCGAGAAGAUUAAAAACAGUAAAUAAACCAUGAAUAUACAUAUUUUUGUACAAAUUCAGGAAAAAAGAAAGUGGAUUUUAAAGAAGCUAAGAUAAACUGUAAAUAUCAUAUUUUUGAUAAAACUGUAAAUAGGAAUAUGUAAUUUAAAGUGUAUAUGCAGCCAAUGAAUAAAAGGCAUUAGAAUUUCUAGAGUGUUUUACUCUGCCAGUGCUAUAUAAACUGUUUUAGCACUAAAAACGAUAAAAAAAAAGUUAAUGUUGAUGAAAAUAAAUGAGAACAUAAUUGUAUUCUGUGAAUACCACUGUCAUAAUCUGCAUCACAGCAAAUCAUACGCAUUACUAACAAAGAAUUAUGAGCCUCAAAUUUGUUUUUUUUAAAUUUUUAGAAAACGGUGGGCUGCUUUUUAAGGUGUAAACAUGUAAAACAUCUUGGACAGUACUGUAACAUUGUCUUUUCAUUUAAAGUUACUUUUCUGCUUGAAAACCAGCAGAAUACCAAAGCAGUGCCAUCACAGAUAUUUCUUAAGGAACUUCCUUGAUAUCUAGUGCUAAAUGAUGUCAAAAUCAAGAGAUGAAUCCAAGUGAAUAAAGCUGUAGUCAAACACAGCUCAUUUAUUGGUGAUCUACCCACCACACUAGUGAAUAGCCAAAUUGCACUGAUCCAGAGCAGAGCAAACAGGGACUAUAGUAUAAUUCUGGCAUCUUUUUGGUACCAACAAUUGCUUUUUACAUGCACAAAUAGGAAGUACCUGCAAACCAGAUUCUAAGUCCAGAUAGACCACCUGAAACUUUAAAGCACAGUGCAAUGGUUUGCCAACAUUCCACCCAACAGGCACCACAAAUUGUAGACGUAAAAUGUAACUGUUCAGUGUUUGGAAGGUGGAACAGCUUUUAGUAAGAGUGACAGCAACAUGAAUGAUUUUUCACCUGUGUGAAAAUCAUGCAGUAUAGUAAGAAAAAAAAUGUGUGUUAUUACAUGAUUAAAGAGGUUUAGACACAGCAAGUCCUUUGUCUACAAUGUACAGGUAUUUUGGGGCAUUUUGUUGACCAGAUGGAGUGCAAAUACCAACAUGCAACAAACUUUGAUUGAUCAAUAGAAAACACAUAUAUAUAUAUAUAUAUAUAUAUAUAUAUAUAUAUAUAUAUAUAUACCUCAGUACCUCUUGAUCAGUCUUAUGUUAGAUUCAUGUGGCUUGUGGCUGGGUUCAGGAAACAAUAAAAACUCUAAGGUGGUGUCAUGGUAUAAUGUUCUAACAAGAUCACCUUUUUUUGCAAUACCACAACUUCAAACCACAAGUUAAAAAUACAGCUUAAAAAGCCAAAGUGGGUCAGCCAUGUCUGAAAUGAGAAAUAUGCUCUGGCAUUUCAAGUACAGUGAGGCCCAGACAGUCUCCCACUGGUCAAAAAAAAAAUACAGAUGGCCAGUCCAGGAUUGGUCAGCUCUAUGUAGGAGAAAGUUUAAGUUAUGCUCGUAGUUAGCAUAUGGACAGUGGCUACUUUUUUUUUUUUUAUAAAGUAUUUAUAAAUAUGUUCUAGAAAUAAUGGUGGUUUUAAGAAGGCAUACAUAACUUAAUGUAGAGAUCAAAAACACAACAUCUAGAAGUGCCAUUAAAUGAAAUAAAAGCUGUAAUAGACCGAUAAGAGCACAAUUGAUUUAAUGAUGCACAUAAAAUGCUAAGAUAAUAUACAGGUAACUUUAAAAUACCCAAUAAACCUUAAAACGUAUAAAACAUAUCAAAGGAAUUUUAGGAUACUGUAAAUAUAUGCCUAUAUAACAGCACAGGUGUUGCCUUCAUGUAUAAGAAACUAACUAUUACUCAUGAUGCUACCAAACAUCUGCUGGGUCAAAUUUGAUGCACAUAAUUGUAGCCCCCAGCUUCUACUAGAAUAAAUUUCAGUUUUUAUUUACAACUUAUUUAUUUUUAUUUUUUUACUGGUUAAAGAGGUUUUACUUGCAGCUUUUUCAUAGGAAAAAUAUUAUGGAUGUCCUACUCUUUGCAAACAAGCAUAAUAGUCAUGUUUUGAUGGAAACAACAUUGUUAUCCUUUGAGGCUUGACAUACACUUCUGAUUUUGUUUGUACAAUCAUGACAACCAACAAGGCUCACUCAGGGGUUGAGUUUCUAUAGUUCGCACUGAGGAAUCAUGAGUUUUCAAACAAAAACUUUAAUAAGCAGGUUCGCGACCGUCAAAGAAUUUUUUAGUAUUGUCAGCAUUUAUUGUGUUAAAUGUAAGAAAUCUCAAUCACAAUUUUCAAUCAUUUUGUUGGAGAUUUGACAUGGGGAGAAAAAUUGGAAAGCUUGAAUAAAAGGAACAUACUUUUCUUCUAAUUAUUGUCAUUAGGAAAAAUACAGUAUAUGGUCUUUGCUAUUUCGUCACUUAACAGGGCAAAAUCUAAAAUUUAAAGUCACAUUCUACUUUCAUUACAUCACAUUCUUUAGAGGACAAUGAACAACAACAAAUCAGUCCAAUAAGAAGCCCUCAGUUUAAUAAGCUGCUCCUUAUCUCUUGCCUUAUCAAUAAAAUACAUUUUCCCUACUUUAAACAAAGUGAUCACUCUGCUAGAGGGUGAACGAUGCCUGUAAUUUGUAUUAACACCAAGUCCUGUGUGUUUUAGCAAACUAUUACACAAUGAACUGAAAUUGGAUGCAUUUAAGGAAGA